AUGCUGAUGCCCCUGAGCAGGCUGCUCUGGUGGUGCUGCUGCUGCUACUGCUGUGCCUGGUACCGCUGUGGACUGUGCACCCCGGCUCCCCAGAUGUUGCGCCACCAGGGUCUCCUCAAGUGCCGCUGCCGCAUGCUCUUCAAUGACCUGAAGGUUUUCCUACUGCGGCGCCCCCCUCCAGCGCCCCUGCCCAUGCACGGCGACCCCCAGCCCCCCGGUUUGACAGCCAACAACAACACCCUUCCGGCUCUGGGUGCCGGAGGGUGGGCAGGCUGGAGGGGCCCUCGAGAAGGGGUGGGCAGGGAGACCCCUCCUCUGCCACCUCCACCAACUUUGCCACCUUCUGUGGAAGAUGACUGGGGUGGCCCAGCCACAGAGCCACCUGCCUCACUGCUCAGCAGUGCCUCCUCAGAUGACUUCUGUAAGGGGAAGGCUGAGGAUCGCUACUCACUGGGCAGCAGCCUGGACAGUGGCAUGAGGACCCCGCUGUGCCGCAUCUGCUUCCAGGGGCCGGAACAGGGGGAGCUACUGAGUCCAUGCCGCUGCGACGGCUCGGUCAAGUGUACCCACCAGCCUUGCCUCAUCAAGUGGAUCAGCGAGCGGGGCUGCUGGAGCUGUGAGCUGUGCUACUACAAGUACCACGUCAUCGCCAUAAGCACAAAGAAUCCUCUGCAGUGGCAGGCCAUCUCUCUGACAGUCAUUGAGAAGGUCCAGAUUGCAGCCGCCAUCCUGGGUUCCCUCUUCCUCAUCGCCAGCAUCUCGUGGCUCAUCUGGUCGACCUUCAGUCCCUCGGCAAAAUGGCAGCGCCAAGACCUCCUCUUCCAGAUUUGCUAUGGGAUGUAUGGAUUCAUGGAUGUAGUGUGCAUAGGUCUCAUCAUCCACGAGGGACCCUCUGUGUACCGCAUCUUUAAACGGUGGCAGGCUGUCAACCAGCAGUGGAAAGUGCUGAACUAUGACAAGACAAAAGACCUGGAGGAUCAAAAGUCAGGAGGCAGGACAAACCCCCGGACCUCCUCAUCCACCCAGGCCAAUGCCCUCUCCUCAGAAGAGGAGGCUGUGGACACCCCUGCCCUUGAGGAAGGCCCUGCCCGGGCAGCCAGCCAGCCCUCAGGCCCUCUGUCUGACCACCACUGUGCUUACACCAUCCUGCACAUCUUGAGUCACUUAAGACCUCAUGAGCAGCGGAACCCCCAGGGCAGCAGCCGAGAGCUCGUCAUGAGGGUCACAACAGUGUGAGAGGGAGACCUGGAAGUGAGGCCGUGACC